UCAUUCGACAUCGUCCGAGGGAAUUCCUCUUUUAAAAAAGCGCCAAUCAUUAUUCUACUCACCAAAUCAUUGUAAUAGUUAUAUAGCCCGAACAGGUCUGUUGAUAAACCAGUCUCUUAUUGCAUCUUGAAUUGUUCGUUGCAGUUAAGUGAACUCUGACAUAUCAACAAUUUGUUGUUUAUUUUACUGCAAAUAAAAUAUUAUCAAUCAUGAUUUUCUUCAUCUUUGCAUCCGUUCUUAUUGCAUCUACAACCGCACAAAAUAGGCCUUCCUUUGCAGGACUCAGUCCAAAAGGUGUUCCUGAUGUAGCAGCACGAUUUAAGCCCGGGGGUGCCUUGUAUAAUCCUCCUCAAGACCUCGGCACUAGAUUUGGAUCAGCCGAUGCUGCCCCCGAAAGAACUCCUGUUGACUUCAAUGUUGGUCUUAAAAACCGAAUUAAUACCUGGCCAGAAGAAAACAAACCAUUUUGGUAUGUCAACGCUGAAGCCAUUCAAAAACAUAUCGGAGCUUCUCCAAACCGUGGAACCAACUCUAAUGGAAACCAAGUUUUUGAAAGCAGAUUUGGAAGCGGUAGUAGUCAGUCAGGACCAGAAGUUGCUGGACACUCUUUUAACAUUAUCAUUAAUAACCAAUGGAAAACGUACGUUUACGACCCAAUCACAGAUGCUUGGUAUGCUAAAAGAAAUUAGUUUCAUACAAAUUAUGAUUGGACAAGCUGUGAUAUCAUAUCAAUAAUAUAUGACUUAUUCAGUAAUAGACCAUAUUUGGUAAUAUUAUUCACCAAGAGUUACAAAAAAAUUUAGGACUAAUUUCAUUUCAAAUUAGUAAAAAUAUAAUGGCUAAAAAUCCUUUAGAGGAAAAACAGCAACAACAUAAUUAUGAAAAGGAAAGUUGAUAUGAAAAAGAGAGAAUACAGAAAAAUGUCUUAUACCAAUACCAUCCAGUGAGAUAAUGGUUGGAUUCAAUUAUUGACAAACGAUACAAAAAAAAUCUACAUCUACCGACUCACAAUUUUAACGCUUGGUAUCCACGCUCAUUGUAAUGUAAUCAUUGUAAUAUAGUACUAAUGCACUGAACUAAUAAUUGUAACCGAUGUUCCUAAUAUUAAUAUUAUGUAAUAUUUGAUUCUACACAAAGUACUUUGUAGGAUUAUGCUUUACAAUUUACAAACUAUUUAUUAUUUUUAAAAAAUGUAUAUUUCAUUUUAUAACAUGGGGCUAAUUAAAUAUAUCUUAUAAAGGGAAAAUUCCCAGUGCCUGGCUGUAUACCAUAGCAUAUACAGCAAAAACGUUUUCGGUCAGUGAUACUUUUUAAGUGGAUUUUUACAAAUAUUCAACUAGUAAGUUCUGUGUAAGUUUUUUAAUUAUAUAAAUAAAUAUUUUAUUUUAUUCACUUUUA